AUGUCUCAGCCGCAACGUAGUUGGAACAGCCAUGGAAAAUCUGGCAACCCCAACCAAGACAACAAGAGAAACUGGACCCCUUGGAGCGGAGCAACGACGAAGAGCUGGGGCCAGAAGAAUAACCAUGGCAACAUGAACACGUGGGAAAAUUGCGGAAAUACAGCCUCGGACAACUGCGGCAACACAUACAAUGUAAAUUAUGGCGACACUACAAGCUACGACCAGCGAGGCAUGAAUGCCUACGACCAAAGAGGAACCACAUUCAUCAAGACUGGAAACAUUUCCAGCGGCGGAACUGCCACGACUGGAAAUGUCUCGGCCAAUGGCAAAUCCAAUGCCACUUCAGGCCAAGCAUCAGCCGGAGGUGGAAACAUCACCAUUGGCGGCCGUGGCUAA